AUGUCGUCGACGUUCGCCGGUGUAUCCGUCCUGGCCGGCGGCGAGCUGUGCCCUUCCACCGAGUCGCCCGUCGUCACCAGCACGGACUGCGGGUACCACCUGCUUGUGGUCCAGGACUACUCGCUGACCAAGCGAGCGACACCCACCGGCAUGAGCAUCUGCUCUCGCCCUUUCAUGGUGGGACGCCAUGAGUGGUGCAUCGAGUACUAUCCUAACGGUCAGAAGAAGAGCUGUGCCGACUUCAUUUCUCUAUAUGUUAACCUUCUCAACGACGAAGACGAUGCCAAAGAGCGUGUGAAGGCGAAGUUCGAGUUCAGUUUCAUCGACGAGGCGGAGAAGCACAAGCCGAUGUACAUUUCUGGAACCGAGACACUCAGCUUCCGCGGCGAGUGUCUGCGGGGCUACGGCAAGUUCAUGAGAAAAGAUGUCCUUGAACAAUCAGCGAAUCUGAUGGAUGAUUGUUUCACCGUCCGGUGUGACAUCAUGGUCUGCGACACACAGGAUGCCGGUCGCAACAAGGUGCUCCUGUCUGAAAUAGACCAGCAUUUAAACAAUCUCCUUCAGACUAAGGUGGGUGCUGAUGUCACAUUCGAGGUCAGCGGCGAGAUGUUCGCUGCACACCGAUGUGUGCUUGCAGCCCGUUCUAAAGUAUUCAUGGCACAAUUCUUCGGCCCCAUGAAGGAGGGCACUGCUGCAUCAAGUGCCAUCCAGAUCAAAGACGUGGAAGCAAAAGUGUUCAAGGCUUUGCUUAGCUUCAUCUACACGGACUCACUCCCUCUAUUGGAGGACGACGACUUGGAGGAGGAUGAAGGAGAGGCCGUGGAAGAAGGACAAGAAGAGGAAGCAGCAGAGGAUGAAAUGGCAGAAGUUGCGGAACAAGGAGAAGGAGAGGAUGCAGCAGAGGAUGAAACGGAGCUGCAAUGGCUACAAGAUUUGCUUGUAGCUGCAGACAGAUAUGAUCUCCAACGGCUCAGGUUUAUCUGUGAAAAGCGAUUGUCUGAGCGCAUAGGUGUGACCUCAGUGGCAUCCACUCUUACUCUAGCUGAGCAGCUCCACUGCCGCGGAUUGAAGGAGGCGUGCUUGAAGUUUAUCCAAGUCCAAUCUCCCUUGUGUUUGCAAAAAGUAAUGGGGACUGAUGGCUGGGAGCCGUUAAUUAUGACCUACCCCUCUGUUUUGAACGAGCUCAUUGCCAAACUUGCUACAAACCAGAAGUAA